AUGUUUGACUUUUCACUCCUUAAGAGCCCCACCAUGUUGUUGUGUGGAGCUUCCUGUCUCCUCGUCAUGUUUGGAUUUUACAUUCCGUCGAAUUUCCUUCCUGUUUGGGCUAGUGAUGUCAACCUGUCCACUGAGGAGGGAGCGUUUCUGAUUUCAACCAUGGGCGUAUCCAACACGAUUGCGUUCGUUUUGAUUGGCUACAUCACAGACAAACCAUGGGCUAACUGUUUGGUUAUAAACAAUACUGCUCUACUGAUUGGCGGCCUGGCUACGUGUUUUGUACCGUUCUACACCACAUUUGCGGCUCUUGUCAUCUAUGCUGUUGUCUUUGGAAUAGCUAUGGCGGUUUUCAUCGUGCUCGGAAGUAUUUUGAUGGCAGAACUAUUGGGGGAACAUAGACUCAACAGUUCGUUUGGAUUGGUCGGACUCAGCAUGGGUCUGUCGACAUUUGUUGGGUCACCUUUAGCAGGAGCGUUGUCGGACAUCAGUGGCAACUACAAUGCGGCAUUCUACUUCGGUGGCAUCACUAUGGUACUAGGAGGCUUGAUUUGUCUGCCACUCAGACGGAUUUCAAAUUGGGAACAAAGUCGGAGAAAGGAUUUCAACUUAUGUGAUACAUAUGACGAUGAUCAGAAAAACGAAAAGCCAGGUGUAAAAAUAGUGUCCGUCAAGAAGUUAUCCGUAUUUACGGUAACAGAUUCCACAAGAGAUAUGAACUGAUCUGUAUCUUCUUUCUCCCCUGAUAAUUGAAGUGAAGAAAAUAACAU